AAUUUAAUAUUCAUGAACUACUAAUAUGAACCACAAUCAGCCGAAAAUAAUUAAUAAAUCUUACCUCACAUUUAUCAAUAGAAUGUUCCAUGACUGGUUUCAGCUCAAUUUAGUCUAUAAAAAUUACCAUUUUCGAAAAUAAUUAGGUACCUACAUACAUUUAUGGAGAAUCAAGUUCGAAUGUAACUUGAAUGUUUUUUGCGUAGGAGGUAGAGGUAGAGGCACUUAACUGCUUCCAAAUUAAGUAGGUAGGUAAGCACAUCACGUGACCUGACAUUCAACUUUCAAGACUAAUACUUCUGAGAAUAGUAAUAUUCGUGUUAUCACAUAAUUUUAAUAAUGAAAACGGUUGAAUGAACAAUACCAAGAAACGAGAUGUUAGACUAAUCAAUUAUCAAUCACCAUUAGAGAUGGUAUAUUAAAUUUUUAUCAACAAAACGUUAAACAUUCCAUCUAAUUCUUAAUUUCACUUUUUCAAAAAUCACAUUCAGCCAGUCUCUUACGUUGUGUUGUUCGGUUUCAUAUCUGUUUCGUGGUGCGCGCUUCACAAAUUACUUAUCAAUACUCGCAGCUCAGGCAAUCUUUUCAACCAUGGCGUUUACUUACCGAGAUAACGAAUUGUACAUAGAAGAUGUAAAAGUAGACGAAAUCGCGAAAAAAAUCAACACCCCUACGUACUGUUAUUCGCUGAAAACAAUUCGCGAUAAUUUCAACUCGUUCUAUCAAUCACUUCCCGGAUUUCUGAUCUGCUUCGCUGUAAAAUCAAACUCAAACCUAUCCAUCCUGAAAAUCAUCGGACAACUGGGAGGAGGCGCUGAUGUCGUUUCAGAGGGUGAGAUUCGAUUAGCAUUAGCUGCUGGAAUACCGCCUGAAAAAAUCGUCUUUUCUGGAGUAGGUAAAACAGCUUCAGAAAUCAGAUACGCUCUCACAGUCAAAGUUCACCAGCUCAACUUCGAAAGCAUCGAAGAACUCAAGCAGAUAAACACAAUCGCCUCAGAUAUGGGUACAUGUGCGAUGGUAGUGGCCAGACUGAGUCCUGAUAUCGAUGCUAAAACCAAUUACAAAAUUUCUACCGGAUUAUAUAAGAAUAAAUUCGGUAUACCGAUGGAAAUACUGGAAAAAAUCGAUUUCAAAACGUUACCUAAUGUGAAAUUGUGCGGAGUUUCGGCUCAUAUAGGCUCGCAGAUAUGCUCGUUGGAGAUAUUUUUGAAAUUAGUCAAUUACAUGAAAGAUGCCCGAGUGAAAUUGAACAGUUUGGGGCAUAACAUCAGAAGAAUUGAUCUAGGAGGAGGAUUAGGAGUAUCUUAUGCCCAUAACAAAGAAGCACCUCCGAUCGCAGAAUACGCGAAACUUCUACGCGACAAUUUGAGUGGACUCGAUUGCGAAUUCAUCUGCGAACCUGGAAGGUCCAUUAUCGCAAAUACAGCCGUAUUAUUAUCUCAAGUACUGUACAGAAAAUCCAACGAUUUUGUAUCUCACGUCAUCAUCGACGCUGGUAUGAAUGAUUUUGUUCGUCCUGCAGUCUACGGAAGUCUACAUCAAAUUAUACCCGCUAAAAAAGACCCAUCUUUACCGAUUGAAACUGUCGAUAUAGUUGGACCAGUUUGCGAAACCAGCGAUACUUUUGCCAAAGAUUAUUCCAUCCAGAGAUUGAAAAAUGGAGAUUUGGUGUGCGUUUGUGACGUGGGAGCUUACGGUGGUUCGAUGUGCAAUACUUAUAAUUCCAGAUUACUUCCGGCUGAAGUUUUAAUCAAUGGGAAUAGAAUCUCUGUGAUUAGAAAUCGAGGAAAUUAUGAAGAUUUAUUAAAACAGACCAUCAUUUGCGACGGAAUUGAUCAAUAAUUAAUACCUAUCCAUUUUUUUAAAAA